AUGCAGUUCUGUGUGGACUAUCGCAAGCUAAACGCCGUUACGGUUCGCGACUCCUACCCACUACCGCGCAUGGGCGAAUGUAUCGACUCGCUCGGCGAUGCCACUGACCGCGAUAAAACAACGUUCGCGUCGCAUUCGGGCCUCUACCGUUUUCUACGCAUGCCGUUCGCUCUCAAAAACGCGCCCGCGACAUUUCAACGAGCGGUCGACAUCAUCCUGUCCCGCGUGAAAUGGGAGACCGCGUUGGUCUACCUCGACGACUGCGGGUUUUUCGACACCUCCGUAACCUAUCUCGGGCACGUCAUCCGUCCGGGACAGUUGGAGGUGGAGCGACGCAACGUCAUAGCGAUCGAGCGCGCGCGCGCGCCUACGAAUCAAACGGAACUGCGAUCCUUUCUCGGGAUGUGCAACGUUUACCGAUGGUUUGUGCAGGGAUUCGCGAAGGUCGCCGCGCCGCUCAACAAGAAUACCGGCAAGAAUCAGCCCUACGACUUCGAGGUCUUAACCGAUGCGGAAUACGCGGCGUUUGAGGAGUUGAAGCGGCGCCUCGUGUCGCCGCCAAUCCUCGCGCUGCCCCGCUACGGACGGAAAUAUACGCUGGACACCGACGCGUGCGGACACCAAGUGGGUUGCGCCCUUCUACAGGAGCAACCCGAUGGAGGUACUCGACCGAUCGGAUAUUGGAGCCGCGCGUUGACCAAUGCGGAGCGCAAUUAUACGACUAUCGAAAAGGAAUGCUUGGCCGUAGUGUGGAGCAUCCUCACGCUACGACCGUACCUAUACGGAAGCGCGUUCAACCUCCGCACGGAUCACGAGGCCGUACGCUGGGUCCUCAAUUUAGCGGACAGUUCCGGUCGGCUCGCUCGCUGGCGCCUGCGCUUGGCGGAGUACAACUACGAAGUACAGUACCGCCCAGGCGUCAAGCACCAACUCGCGGAUGGCGUCUCGCGCCUACGCACCGACGGUGGAGACACCACUCCGGUCGAUGACGAGGUCUCGUGCUUCGUUGUCCAGUCGCAGGAAGGCAGUGCGUCCCUCCUGGGCAAGGUGCACUGGGACCUGACCCAAGACCGUCCGGACGGAUUUUACGUGCUCGCGGUUACUCCCGAGGAACGCGACGUCUCGUCCAUCUCGGUCGCGAAUUUCCUACGCGAGCAGGCCGACGACGCCUUCUGUCGCGCCGCGGCCGAUACGGUCGGAGAGCCGAACUCGAAGUUCGACGUCGACCGCUACGGUUUCCUCGUAAGGAAGUCCCCGCUGGACGGAACCCUACAGCGCGUCGUACCAAAUCGGUUGCGCCCCCGGGUACUGUACCUGGCACACCAUCCGAGGCUGGCCGGUCACCCGGGCGGGACGCGUAUGUACUACACCCUGCGAAGGGAGUAUUACUGGCCGCACCUGGCCAGUGACGCGUUUGCGACCGUACGGAACUGCACCUCUUGGGCUGCUACCCGCGGGACGCUUUUCAAGAACCAGAAGGAUCUCAGGCUGUUCCCGGCGGCAGGCCCCAUGGAGUUUGUCGCGAUGGACCUCCUGGGCCCGCUGCCCAAGACCGCGCACGGAAAUCAGCACGUACUGGUCAUUACCGAUCGGUUCUCUAAGCUAACCCACAGCAUACCACUACGGACCACCACCGCUUCGGUCGUCGCAAGUGCGUUCCUCGACAACUGGGUCUACGUCUACGGAGCGCCGCGCUACAUGUUAACCGACAAUGGCCCGCAGUUCGCCGCGAAAUUCUUCGACGCGGUAUGUGCCCUCCUGGGGGUGAGGCCUUAUCUCACGACAGCCUACCACCCCCAGACGAAUGGGCAAACCGAACGGUUCAAUCGCACGCUAGUGCAACGUCUCCGACACUACGUGGAGGAGCACCAGCGGGAUUGGGAUGACUACGUGCAACCGCUGACCUUCGCGUACAACACGCAGGUCCACCGGUCGACGGAGACCACUCCAUUCGACCUGGUGUUGACGCGACCACCGACCGGCUUGAUCCUCCCCGGUACUGUACCGCAGGACGCGGGGACCCACAUGGAGGACCCACGGACCCCGGUGCAGUACAAGAGGGCCACGCUGCGCAAGCUCCGCGACGCUCUCGACCGCGCACGGACGAAACUCACCGCAUCGCAAAAGCAGUACAAGGAUAAUUUAGACAGGAAGGUCCGCUUCCGUCCGGUCGUGAGGGCGGGCGAUUUCGUCUACGUGGAUCGCCCGCCCCGUACGCUGACAAGCGUCGAGCGUCGUAUGCGUGUGCAAAGUCCGACCGAUACGGAGGACCUCUCCGUCAAGCUGUUGCCCAAGGCGGAGGGUCCAUUUAACGUGCGCUCCGCUACGGAUACCACGGUCCUUAUCGAGCAGGACAGCGUAGAGAACCGCGUGAGCAUCGACCGCGUGACUAAGAUGCCACGCGGGCCGGGGAUAGUGCCACCCCCGCAGCGGCGACCGAAUCUGAGGUUCCCGCGGCCGCCCCGAGUGCAGAGUACGUCGUUGACCGCAUCGUCGGACACCGUACAGCGCGGGGCGGGACCCAGUACAAGGUGCGCUGGUACGGAUAUACCGCUUCGGACGACACGUAUGAGCCCGCCGAUGGGCUCCCGCAGCCGUUCAUAG